AUGGCUUCGAAAAGAGCUGUGCUGCCUCUGCUGAGGAGCGAGCUCCCAGCCUCGCGCCGGGCAUGGCGCUCAGCUUCUUCUAUCUCUUCUUCUGUCAGCUCCUCCCUCGGUCGCUAUUCGUCGCGACGCCAAUGCGGUGCUCCAAACGCUCUUCACUCGCGCCAAUACCAUAAACAGUCCCGCCAGUUCUCUCAUUCCGUGCCGAGGAAAAACGCCGACGCCGAGGAAAAGUUUGAUCCGAGUCAGCUCGAAAGAGAAUCUGACGAAGUAGAUGUCUGCAUCGUGGGAGGAGGCCCCGCAGGUCUCGCUGCUGCUAUCCGUCUCAAGCAACUCGCAAACGAAGCCGGCAACGAGGAGUUCCGAGUCAUCCUCCUGGAAAAGGCUGCUGAACUGGGAGCUCACAUCGUGUCGGGAAACGUCCUCCAGCCCACUGCUUUAAACGAGCUGCUCCCCGACUGGCUUGACGAAAACAACCCGUCCAGAUUCGAAAAUGCCACGCCUGCCAAAACCGAUAAGAUGCGAUUCCUGACCAAGAACUCUGCUAUCCCGAUUCCUUCGCCACCGCAGAUGCACAACCACGGAAAUUAUAUUGUCAGCUUAAGCCAAUUGACCAAGUGGCUGGGAGACCGCGCCGAAGAACUAGGAGUCGAAGUCUACCCGGGUUUUGCUGCAAGCGAAGUGUUGUACAAGGCCGACGGUUCUGUGCGCGGAGUGGCAACCAAUGAUUUGGGUAUUGGCCGGGACGGAGCACCCAAGGACGCGUUUGAAAGAGGAAUGGAAUUCCAUGCUCGAGUCACACUGCUCGGUGAAGGCUGCCACGGCAGCUUGACCAAGCAAGUUAUCAAAAAGUAUGAUCUCCGCCGAGACAGCCAGCCACAAACCUACGGACUUGGUAUCAAAGAAGUGUGGGAGGUUCAGCCGGAAAAGUUCCGGUCUGGAGAAAUAGUACAUGCAAUGGGCUAUCCGCUGCCGUCAGACACGUAUGGCGGUGCUUGGAUAUACCACUUUGGAGACAACCUCGUCAGCGUUGGGCUGGUUGUCGGCCUGGACUACCCCAACCCAUGGCUCUCUCCGUACGGGGAGUUUCAGAAGUUGAAACAUCACCCGCUAUUCAAAGAAGUUCUCGAGGGGGGCAAGUGUAUUUCCUAUGGGGCGCGAGCCCUUAACGAAGGCGGCUUCCAGUCCAUUCCCAAAGUCGCAUUUCCUGGCGGCGCCCUGAUCGGAGACACUGCAGGUUUCUUAAACGUGCCAAAGAUUAAGGGAACACACACUGCCAUCAAGUCCGGCAUGCUGGCAGCGGAAGCCACAUAUUCCGCUUUGCAGGCAGAGACCGAAGGUAGCGUUUUCCUAUAUAGCUACGAAGACUCUUUGCGCAAGUCGUGGAUUUGGAAAGAGCUCCAAGAAGUGCGCAACAUGCGCCCUUCGUUCGGCACGGCUUUGGGUCUCUACGGUGGAAUCCUGUACUCUGGGCUGGAAGCAUUUAUCCUCCGUGGCAAGGCUCCAUGGACAUUGAAGCACCACAAAACCGACGCGGCAGCCACGAAGCUUGCAUCUCAAUGCGAAAAGAUCGAAUACCCCAAGCCCGAUGGUGUCCUCAGUUUCGAUAUCCUGACUAGCGUCAGUCGCACCGGCACCAACCACGAAGAAGACCAGCCUGUGCACCUCCAGGUCAAGGACUGGGACGAGCACACCAAGGAAUCAUGGCCCAAGUACCAGGGCGUGGAGAACCGAUUCUGUCCUGCCGGUGUCUACGAGUACCUCGAGGACCCUUCAAAGGAACAGGGAGUUCGGUUCCAAAUCAAUGCUCAGAACUGUAUCCACUGCAAAACCUGCGACAUCAAGGUCCCGACACAGGACAUCAACUGGCAGACUCCCCAAGGUGGCGAGGGGCCCAAGUACUUUAUCAACUGA